UUCACCGCUGUUGUUUUCGUGGUGUUUUAUGAUAAUAAUAAAUAAAUUUACGUUUAUUGCAAUAUUAUAAUCAAUGUAUUGCGAUGAUCAGCAGUAUUUGUAACUAGUGCAAUAAAUUUUGUCGUAGUCAAAGACAGACUCUAAAUUUGAGCACAUUUAAGAUAUCUAACUUUGUGCAAUCUACCUGCAUCGUCGGGCAUAUUUUCGUAAAUAAUUAUAGUGACUGAUCAGAAAUCUUUUUAAUUUAAAUGAUAAUUUACGCUAUAAACUAAUCGUGAUGCGUAAAAUGUACGUUUGCGUGUAAUUUGCGUUUACAGUUCUAUACAUUGGAUUAUAUUUGAUCUAAUGAGUUGACGUGCGCGUCACAAUGACGUCGUUUGCAAACAUGACGCAGUCCUUGGCGGCUAGCCUGCCGGCCACUUCCACGGCGGCUGGCUCCAGCCACAGCUCCAACGAACCCGAGGAUCCGCUGGCAAUGUCACACAUCAUCUGCAAUUUACUGGAGAACAUGAACAAACCUCCCCUACAACCGGUUGGUUCUUCAUCGUCUUCAUCAACCAUGCCCUAUGACAUCUGGGCUCUACCUUCCUGCAGUUCAAUGCAGAACACAACCUCUAACUCCCGUGAGUACAGCGCUUCUAAUAAUAAUAGCCAAAAUCACGGCAAGGAAGAUAACUCUAGCGGAUCCCCCGGUACAUCUUCUUCGGUUUCCAUUACUUGCUUCCGUUGCGAGGAACGUACUCCGACCACCCGAUGCUUAGAGUGCAACGAUCUCUUUUGCCACGAAUGCUGUCACAAAGUUACCUCUGACUGUCAGUUGCGGGAACACACUCUGCUGCCUAUUCAUCAAAUAUCGCCAAUCGGAGUUAGACCAAACUCUGUUACCAACGAUAAAGAGAUAAUGUUCUGUGAGCUUCAUGGCGAUCCGGUUAGAUUCUACUGUGAGGCAUGCAUCAUAUUUAUAUGUCAAGAGUGUACCCUGUGGGUGCAUAAAGAUCACUGCUAUUCACCCAUCAAAGGCGCCCUCGACAUGUGCAGAAUUGGUGUAUUCAGAGCCAUAGAAGAUACUAAAACCGGUACGAAAGCAAUAAAAACGGCAAUCGAUCGUGCCGUAGCAAUGUCAAAGGCUUAUGAGAAAGAAACCGCUGAAGCUAAUAUGAAAAUCCGUAAAGCUAUGCGUUGCUUCGCUCAAGCGAUUGAAGAUCGCGAGAAGUAUUUGUUAGAUAAAGUUGAGAAAAUGCGUCAAGCUAAAAUGAACGAACUAACUGAUCAUAUGAAUACACUUAGAGGUAUUCUUGCAGGACUAGCUCAUACUAACGAAACUCUAGUUCGCAGUAUGGACUCUGAAGGUAUCGAUUUAUUUAUGGCAAAAGAAAAAGGAAGAGCCCAAGUUGAUUAUUUUUCAUGUAUGUUUAAAAAUAUGUAUAUAACCGAAGAGCGCAUUAUGUUUAUACCACCAAAUUAUGAUUUAGUCGAUCAAAUCAAAAGACAAUGUGACGUGCAGUCCGCCCCUGCAAAUUCAAUGCAUUCUCUCAAUUCUUCAUCCUCGCUGCAAUCCCGACAAUCUCUGCUUCAUUCGUUGCAGUCAGCACAGACGUUUCCUCCUCUGUCCUACCAAAUUUCAGCCAACAAUAGUCUGAGAUCCUUGCCGGAUUAUACUAGCCACACUAGGUCAACUAAUUACUACGACCAUAGCAUCUCAUCCAGCAUAGCUUCGAUAGAUUCGAACCCAGCACGUGGGAUCGGGCAAGCAAUACCAGGAUACUGGAUGUCGGUGUCCGUGAAACCGACAAGGAGCCCUGUCUCUGGGGUUCCGAUGUUUUCAUUCGGAAGAGAAGGUCAAGACGAAGGUCAAGUAUCUAGACCUUGGGGUUUAUGUGUAGACAGAGAAGGGAAUAUAAUCGUUGCAGAUAGAAGAAACAACCGCAUACAAAUCUUCAACAGCCGCGGAGAGUUUAGGACAAUGUUUGGUUCCAAAGGAAUUGGACCAGGAGAGUUCGACUUACCAGCAGGAAUCACCACAGACACGUAUGGGCGUAUUAUUGUUAUAGACAAAGACAACCACAGGGUUCAAAUAUUUACGUCAUCCGGUAAUUUUAUAUUGAAGUUUGGAUCUUUCGGUAAGGAGUGCGGUCAGUUCCAAUACCCAUGGGAUGUCGCUGUUAAUACUUUGGGUAACAUUGUUGUUACGGAUACUCGCAAUCAUCGCAUACAAUUGUUUACAAGUGAUGGUACUUAUAUCACCAAGUUUGUUUUCGAAGGGGCUAAUCCCGCUAAAAUGCUUAAAGGUCCAACUACUCCACGCGGUGUUUGCUUCACUACUUCGGGAAACAUUAUAGUGUCAGAUUUUGAAAACCAUCGUUUGCUUAUGGUGGAUCCAACGUUAUCCAAGGUAUUACAUUGUGUCGGUCGCGAAGGUUCGGGUAUCGGAGAAUUAAACCGUCCCUCCGGUAUUGUAACCGACGACGAUGGCCGAAUAAUUGUAGCCGAUUCUAAAAAUCAUCGAGUUCUUGUGUUCACGUCGGAACUACGUAUAUUAUGGGCUGUAGAUUUAAAGAGUCCGGGCCUCGACGACAAAGAUCGCCCGAGCGAUGUGGCGCUCACCCCUGAAGGUUUUCUCGUUGUAUUAUUCGAGACGCUGCCUGACACCGCCCGCGAUAUCACUUCUCACGGCAAGCAAUAUAUAAAGGUAUACUGAUUUUUGUAAUGAACCAAUCGAAGCCUUACAUGGGCCGUGGGCUCGUCAAAUUUUAUUUAUGUUUUGUUUAAGUUGUAAUUAAUUUCAUGUUGUGCCAAUUUUAUUAUUAAUGUUUGGUGAAACUGAAUCGAGCAUAGCUUGUGCGGAGAUACUUCGGUUGCUCAUAGUAAUGAACAAAUCUGUAUCUCCUUAAUAUCUUCAAAAAUAACCUUCGUUACCACUUUUAUAACAGAUUUCGGUUUCGUUUGGUACUAGUCUUUAAAGGCCAAACAUUAUUUUGCAGUCUUAUCUCGCCAUAACAUAAGCAUUGUGUGUACUAACAUAGACAUUUCCAUUAAAACUUCUGGUUUCCGUCAUCGGAAUCAGUCUCUUUAGAUGCUUCUCAUAUUUUAUGAAGAAGGUCCUCCAUAAUAUUUAAAAUACAAGAUCACAUUGUGAUUUAAAAGAUGUUUUAUGUGAGAUAAUUUAAAAUUAGCUUGAAAAGUUUUUUUUUUUUUUUUCUAAAUGUUACUUUUGCGUUUUAACUUAGUUAAAUAAUUGGUUAAUGCACACGUUAAUACGUAUUCUUAUAUUAAGUUAUUUUGCUUAUUGAUUUAGAUAUAUUUUAUAUACUACAAUGAUUAUGAUGGCCCUACGCCGAUAAUAUUAAAUAGAAUAAUUAGUUUGUAGCUCUUGCUUUGUUAGAAUUCUAUUUCAUUUUUACUCGUGUCGUGGGAAGGGGUAAGGAAACAGAGCUAAGAAAUUAAUGCAAUAAACUUGGAGACUGACUUUAGAAGACUGUCUUAAAGACGUGGUUCCGAAGCGGGCGGGUUUAGUCACGGAGAAACGUUAUGAUUGAACAAAGCAUUUUUUUUUAUUAUUUUUUAUUUUGAUGUUUAUUAGUUCGUUUAAUUUUGACUUUUUGGCAAUUUUAUCCAAUCAGAUAAAUUGACGUAAAGUAUAUAUAUAUAUAUAUAUUAUUUUUUGUAAUGUAUUUAUUGUGAGAUAAUUUUUUUUUUUUUUUCGUUAUUCGUCCCUCUGAAUUAUUUUUGAUAAAAUUAUCGUUGGUGUUCCUCGACUCGUGGACUAGAAAAGUAAUCUCCGGAUGAGAUUUAGGAUCUUACUAUUGUAUCUUCUACUUAUAAAAGUCGAUGUGAAGCGUACUUUUUUUAAAAAUUAGCUAAUUUAUAGAUAUUCUUCUACAUGACGAUUGAUUUUUGCUAUUGAUUAGAUAAAAUAACGUUUAUACAGUCAAAAUUUAUGUUAGUCCAAAUAUUUUAGCUAAAUUUUUUUUUUUUUUUUCGGAAUGUGUACCAAUAAGCGCAUAGUAUAUUUUUUAAACGUGUCGCGCGUUAAGCCGACUGUUUUAGAUUUAAUACACUGUGUUCAAUCAAUAUGUGUUCAAUAUUUAAUAUAGGUUUAGUGUGAUUCGUAUCGGGCGGUUCGCGUGGCCUCUCAGCGUCUAGGUAACCGUGAUGCACUUUAAGCUCACGUCUCCGCUGCUUCCGAUAUAAUACAUUAACGUUAUAUGUUAAAUUUUUGUGUGCAUUAUUGUUCCGUAUUAUCUGCUAAUCCUUAUACUAAAACGGUUAACAUUAUAUAAUGUCUCGGCCCAAAUAUAAUCCCUAGAGGGACAACUCACUAUAACUACCCGUGUAAUGAUAUUAGUGUAGCUAUAGAUAACGUUCGUCGCGUGUAGAUGGACAUUUAACCAUAUGUGUAUAAUAAAAAAUUUAAUAGUACCAAAGUUAUCUCAUAUAGAUAAGCUCUCGCUAUUAACAGAUGUAAUCGCCUCUUAAACGCUUCUUAUGCAUCACGUUAUAAACACUAUUGUAUUAAUGAAUUUAUCAGCGAUAUACAUAUAUGAACGGUAUACAGAAACAUAUUAUAGUUUUUAGCUUGUAAAGUGUUGCCCGCUGAAGCAAUUUUUUUUUUUUUUUUAAUCAAAUAAAUGCAUAAUCUGUACUGAGAAUGUAAUAAGCUAUGGUAUGGUUAGAUAAAGGUUUUUACACUAUAAUGUACUUAGGCUAGUUUAGUGUUAAGUGUUUGAAAGAAUUAUCUCGAUAAAUGAUGUGAGUGAGUUCUUAGUGCUGCGCUGUUUUCACUUACGAUGAAAAUAAAAAUGUUAAAGUUCACAGUACAUUAAAAUUAGUAUUAGAUAAAUGAACUGAUUUUAUAUGACUGCAGAAAUAUUGAUAAGAUAAUUUAACAAUAAUUAAGUAUGGAAAUCUGAUGUUUCUCAGUGGAGCUGAUAUUUCCCAUCCUUGGUCAUCGUGUUAUUUGGCAGACGUCCUCAAUAGUGACGUUGAACCAGAUCGCAUUUCCAAACUAGCACUCAUUUAGACAUUAGCAUGUUUAAGUAGAAGCAUUAACGUAGGCUUUCAAAUUCGAUGAUAAUAUUAGCUAAAAUAGACAUCAUUUGAAUUCGUAGUGCAGUUGUUUGCCUCUUCGAUCUUGACUGUCAAUUGAUCAUUUCCGCGUUACCUUUAUUGAUUGAUUUAAUAUCGAUAUUUUUGUAAAUUAAUUUUCUGUUCGGUGCCAUUAAUUUUUUUUUUUUAAAGUAUUAUGUUAUUUUUAAAAUAAUGUGUCGCAUUAAAUGCAUUCCGUCGUGAAAUUUCAAAAUUUACUUAGUCCAAUCAGAACGACGAUUAUUUUUUUUUAAUAUAAUGACGAAUCUCAGAGUCAAUAUUUUGUCUAACAUAAAAUUUAUAAAGGUUUUGCAAAGCAUAGCAAGCAAACUUGUUUUUUAACCAGAUCUUCUUGUAUCAAUUAGAAUGUUACCAGUCCCGAUAGACAGCCCCCAGCGUCCGUAGACUCUCUACAGACAUGACAAAAAUAUCGCCUCAUCGACAUCUUAAAACAAACAGGAAUCGAUACUAAGUUAACGAGCACAUAACAGAUCACCCGGCUAUAGAUCUGGCAUGUCUUUAGAUGACAGUAAUUCUGGGUCACCUUUUCAUUAAGUUGGCUGUAAGCGGCUUAAAGUUUUACUUAAUUUGGAACCGCAUUAGAUUCGGUAUGAUUUAGUUAUGUUUAUUAGAUUUAUUUUGUUGCUUGGUUUAGUGGGUACACUGUUUUUUCUUAGGUUGUCUACUUAUUGAACAACAUCCGACGUAAGUUUUAUAACAACACUUGUAUUUGUAGUAGGUAGCCAACCUAACGCCACCACUUUAUAAAAGUGAGCCAAAACCUUUCAUUGCAUGCAUAAUGUUUUUUGAUAUAAUCACGAGUCAAGAGAUAUGAUCGCCAGUAAACGAUGUACUAUGUGAGAUCUGCUAGUUGCUAGCAAUAAAAUUGUAGUAUUGUGUUAGGUACAAUAUAAUUGACAACUAACUAUUGAAUCGUGAUGAUAAUUUUGUACAAGUUUUUUAACAUUGGAUGUAAUUUAUAUGAUUAAGGAAAGUUACAGCCGUUUCCUUGUAAAAAAAUAAUAUGAGGUAGAUACCUGCUAGGGUCGCGAGUGGGACGCGAUAUAAGAAACUGCAUAAUAAGUAAUACAUUUGUAAGAGAUUUCUAGCGGAAUUUGUAUUUGAGCCAUUCUAUUUGUGCUAUUUUAAAUGUUAACUAGCGCUUGUGUUGUGUUAGUCUAGUGUAAUUUGACAUUCAUCCUCCCUUACAUAGUUAGUGUGUAGUGAUUGAUAUAACCUGUCUCCUGGCCGUCAGUAUGUUGCAUGACUAGUUACAUAAAACUCUAAUAGAAAUGAUAGAAAUCCAUGAUCAUUCUGAAAGUAGGUCUGAUGUUCUAAGGGGUGAUGAAUGUGUCGUCUAUGUGUAGCUAGCUAGUAGAUUAUUGUAGCCUCGCGAACGAACCAGAUGCGUGGUUGCCAUCUGUUCUCUAGCGAGGGCCAAUGUGUUAGAAGUCAUUUUUGUCUCAGGAAAAAAAAAAUAUCUCCCAAAGUUUGAUCUGACGAGCAUCAAGGCCGUCAUUUCCGUCGUGAAAGCGACUUCCGCCAGUGACUUCUUCAUGUUGGUGUUUAGUUGUGUUCAAAGUUUAAGUAACCGCAUCUACCUCACUUGUAAUACAUUAAAGACUGAUUGGAAUUAAUGCGAUGGUGGUCUGAUCACCGCUUAAGAAGUCUGUUGUCUACUAGAAUAAGCAGAAUUCUUAAAACCUGACCCAUUUUUUGUUUUAUCUAUAAUUUUAUAGCGUCCAAAUAUCCAUACGAUUCCGAAGUACCUACAACGGCUUCUGUUGCAAAGAAAAAAAUGUCGACAACAGUCUUUUUUCCUUUUUUUUUUUUAAUAUUCAUAUCUUAUGUUACAUUUCGUAAUAUUGUUGAAAGAAGACUGAUAUUUUAUAAAUGUUCCUAUAUUUUAAUUUAGAAUAAUUUACUGCGUACCAUAUUUCAUUUACAUUAUUUUUAUCCUUUCGGUAAUUAAUAAUUACUUUGAUUCUUGUAAUCUUAUUAAUUGUGCAUGACGCUAUAUAUGUCAUGAAUUUUUUGAAAUUUUUAAUGGAAUUUUGUAUGAAAAUUAAUCAAGUGAUUGAUAGAAAA